AUGGAAAAUUCACAUAUAUUAUACGUAGACGAUAUACUUAUAGGAAGUGAAAGAGAAGAGGAUGCAAUGAAAACAGUCCAACAACUAAAAGCUAAACUGGAAAUCAAAUACCUAGGAGAAGUCACCUACUACCUCGGCAUAUACAUCGAAAGAUCUAAAGAUGGAACCUUUGCCCCAAACCAAAAGAAUAAAAUAGAAGAAAUAUUUCAAAGAUUCGGAUUUCAAGCUGAAAAUCAACUUUAUACGCCAAUGGAAACAAACUACUGCAAACUAGAAAAUGAAGCUGAUCUUCUAAAAGCUAAUGCAGAAUAUAGACAAGCAGUAAGGGCAUUACUAUACAUCACAACAAUCAGUCGACCCGAUAUAGCAUGCACCAUCAAUCUAUUGAGUAGUAGAAACGAAAAACGUCGAAAAAUAGAUUGUAAUGCUGUCAAAAAGGUCAUUCGAUACUUAAAAAAUAACUAA